AUUGAAUCUCUCUUCACACUUCUCGCUACUUCGUAUGUGGUAGAACUGGCGCCAUGGUUCUGACUCAGCGUCACACGGCCGCUAUCGUGCUCACCCUUUUUUACUCAGUCUCUGCUCUCCCCACGACUCAAGUCAAGCAGGAUGAGUUAUACACACAACCCAUCGGCAACCUGGGCGAAUCAUUCAAGCCCACUGGACCCCCUCCAACCAUCAUCCAGCUCACCCCGUCCAACCUUGCCUCAGUCGGACAUGUCACUGAGGUUCCUUCUUUAUUUGGCCUGUCGUCGCCAUAUUCAGAUACCGAUGAGGACCUAGCCGAACGUGGUAUCGUUGGCGUUGAUAACCGCGUCGUCUGGAACAGCACCGACUACCCCUAUUCGGCCAUGGGCAGACUGAUCUGGUCCACGGGCGCCUACUGCACAGGCACUCUUGUUGGUCCCCGCCACGUCGCCACCGCCCGCCACUGUUCCCCCUCUGAUGAUCAGACGGGCAUCACCGUCACCUUCCAGCCCGACUACUUCAACGGCGAGCGUUUUCCUUCCUCCAAAGUUGGGCCGGUCUUGUCGUUAUCAGGUGUUGAUGUCGUGAACAACCCCGAUGCCUGCGAUUACAAGAACGACUGGGCUAUCAUGGUUCUUGACGACCCAUUGGGGAAUGACAGGGGCUACAUGGGCGCCAAGACGGUGGACAGCUCGCUGCUUAAAAGAGCAAUAUUUUACCACCUCGGGUACCCCCUUGACCUGGGUCAGGGUGAAAGGCAAUACAGGCAGUACCCCAUCACCAUCUCCAGCUCGACAGGUUGUGAUGCGUAUGGUCCUAUGGUAACGGAUGCUGAUGCUGAUAGUGGCCAGUCAGGCGGCCCACUUUGGCUGCCUCCAGACGCGGCAGGGGACAGGUACAUGUAUGGCGUUGCAAGUUCAACAAGCUCGACUGGCACGAACUUUGCUGGCGGCGAUGCGUUUUUGCAGGGGAUUGCAUAUGUACGCCAGAACUAUCCAUAGUAUGAGCCUUGAGCUACUUUUGUUCUUUGGCUGACCAUCUUUUCUGUUUUUGGGGUCUCUAGAGAGUAACGCUUAUAGAGCGAAGUUACCAUGAUCCACUGUUCCGAGUUGAUG